AUGUUCGAAGCAUUGAAGGUCCGUCGGUGGGUCGAAUGGCUGCAUUUUCUGUCCAAUUUGGCUCAUUAUUAGUAAUCCACCCAUUCACGUUCCCUUUUUUAGAAAGAGAAAGAAAAAGAGAGGCUGGAUGGGAAGAGAUGCGGAUGGAAAUGCAUUGUGAAAUACUCAGAAAGCUUUUUUAGGAACCCAAACCGGCUUGAUUUUUAGCUUCUUUUAGGAUUGUGCAAAGUUUUGAGCUGAGAUUCAUUUUGAUGACAAACUCAAAAAGGCCUUGAGACUACCUAGAAUGGCUUUAUUUUUCAUUUUGAAACUGCCAGGUUGAAUAAUCAUCGUUUUUUUCUAUUUUUAAAUUAAAUUUUUUUCUCCAUUCAUCCAUGGAAAUCAGUUUUCUUAUUUAAUGUAUAUUAAAGUUCAAAAAAAUUAUUUUAUUUGACAUUUCGAAAUGAUGAAAUGCAUGCCAUUUAUUUUUCCAACCCCUUCUUCUUCACCAAAUCAAAUUCGCAGAAGCCAAUCCGUUUAGGAGGUCCUGGGAGAGAUCAACAACAAGCUUUCGGCGGUAAAUGAUGAGCUGAACGUGAAAAAUGGCCGAAAAUAUAGUGACGCAGCGGCCGGCGCCGCAGGCUCAGUACUGCGGCCCCUUACAAGCUCGAAAAAGACGCUCGGCAAGGGACAAACAGGUGCGCUUUUACCUUUUUUUGUUCUUUGAUUCUUUUUGAACACCUUCAUCCUAUCUUAUUAUUUGUUUUUUUGACCUUUCGAAUUUUGAAAAAAAUAAAAAAAUAAUUGUUUCCCGUUUUUUUGUGCAAAAAGGAGGCUUCCUUGGGCGCUAACAUAAUUUUUUUCAAAAAUUAAAGGAUUGCUAAAAAAAUUAAUCGAAAAAAAGAGUUUUUUUUCUACGUGAUUUUUUUCACACCUAUUUCGGUAAUAUCCCCGUUUUCAUCAUACUUCUUCUCCAUUGAAAACCUCGUGAAAAGGUCAAGAAGUAGUUUUGAUCAAUGAAGAAAGUCCACUCGGCUCGAAUCUCUUCUCUGGGGGCGCAUAUUUUAAAGGAGCAAAAGAUGCGAAAUCGAAGUAGACCCAUGCCUUGGCAGCGAGCAAAAUAAGGACACCGAGCCGAGUCUUCUAUUUAAGGGAUUUUGCUCAAUUUUUUUUGAGUUUUGUUCCUGAAAAAAAAAUGGAAAAUCGCGGUUGUGUUACGGUUGGCGUUGAGACUUCAAAUUAUUACCGCGUAUGGUCGAAUGCAAAAAAUACCUCAUUUUCCAUAACUCAAGAAAAAAUGAACAGACAAAAUUGUGGCCAGAUUGACUAGUAAAUAGAAACUUAUUUCUUUUAGACUAUGGCGACCAAGGUUGCGAUCAAUGAAUAAUUAAUUUUCUAAAACAAAAUUUCCCAAAGCCCUUAAAAUCGUUUAUGGAAUCUGAUCUGAAGAUCCAGCAAAAAUUUGAACACAAGUUUUUUUUUUUGAAUGAUGCUAACUUAUCUGAACUUGAAUCGACCGUCUUUUAAAAACGUACUCAUUUCCUUCAUUGCAGGUCUGGUGAAAACGGGAACACAUUGCAUUACGGGACGCAAAGUUGCGAUCAAAAUCGUCAACAAGGAAAAACUCAGCGAAUCGGUUCUUCAGAAGGUCGGCUUAUUUUUAAUUCAUUUCGGAUCCAAACAAAAGCCUCUGUGGGGUAAUUCAAAUCUUGUUUUUGCUGAGAUUUGAGCCGCAGAGGAGAUUGCUUUGAGUUGGAUGCGGAUGGCAGAAUAGUAGAAUAGCCAUAAGCCUAUGGAAUGGAAGUCGGGAUAUGAAGGAUUGGCAAUUUUCAUCGGGGGCCUCUAUCUCUAGUUAUUAAGAGGAUGCCGGUCAAAAACACACGGCCGAUUUUGAAAUCGGGGGAGAAGAGUUAAUUUUUUCAAAGUGACAGUUGAGUUUUCUUUCUAAACUCCAGCAAAUUGAUAAAAUUUUUAGAUUAUCGAUUUUACUCUUAAUAAACCGGCAAACAUCUUAAAUUCGAAACUUUUUUAAAUUUGUUCAUAAAAUCAAUGACAGACAGAUGAAUAUUGAGCUUCUUUUUUUGAGAUGAUAGCUAAAAAUCGCUACGAUUUUUUAGCCUUUCAAAAAUCUAAAAAUAGCUUUAUCCGGAAAUUUUGCAUUAUUGAAAUAUGAGAAUCUUCCGUUUUGAAGCUGCCCAGCACAUUUUUUAACGUAGUUUUCAAACUACGGACAAUGAAAGUAAACUUUAUUUGGUUACUCGAACAAGAACCCAGCCGGGAUUUCAGACCAAACUGAAAUAUGACCCUUUUUUAAGCUCUUGAGUUGAAUCAUGGCACGAGAGGUUUCUAAGACCUUUUACGCAAAACGAGACAAAAAUUUGAAAAUUUAGGAAUAUUUUGAGACAAGAUCGAGAUGUUGAAAGCUCUGCUAUGGAAUCUCAAGAUCUGCACUUUUAUUAUUCGUUUAAUAAUCAAGACGUCUUUCUUGAAGCGCCUUGAAUCAAAAAAAAAAACGAAAAUAAAUCCCCUGAAAAUUUGAAUUUAAAAUGAAUAGUUUUGUGAGAAUCCUUUUAAACUUUUCCUAAUAUCCAAAGUACAAAAAGCAAACUUGAACUCUUCUUCAGCCUUUUGGAAAGCUCCGGAACAGAAAGAGCGCGCCAACUUGAAAUAUGAGACUUUCCACCGGACCCUAAUUUGGCAUUCGGCCGGACAUAAAUACUCGUAAUAGCAAAACCACGCAUGGAUCGAUUAGCGUAACACACAAGCGUAAACAGGCCGCGACAGCUUUUUAGGUUUUUCGCGUUCGUUUUCGCGGGUCUUCCGGCCCAUCUGGAGGGUCACUCACACUAAUUAUUAUCGAUGCCAACCGAUGGCCUUGUUCAUUUUGUGAGCACAUGUUCAUGGGGUAGCUGAAAUAUGACAGCUGGGUGGAACAGUAAAAUGUGAUAAUCCUGUAAAAAUAAGUUCUUACAAGUUGGUUUGCAAACAUUUACGUGGGAACUCCAGAGUGGUUUCUAAAUUGGUUACCUGAAUCGCACCCCCCAAAAAGAGAAAAAUCGAUAUUAUCAAAGUUCUGAGGGUUCUCGAGGAUACCAGAAGGUUUUCUAAGCCGAUAUAUGGGGUUAUUUGUUUUUCUCAUCUCUAUAGAGACCACUCUGCCGUUUUUUAAUUAAUCAUAAACGUAGUAAAAAGGUGUUUCAAACAGUAACAGUAGCCCGAAGUAAGGCUUAAAUGCCAAAGACAUAAUUACGGCUGGAUGAAACGGUAAACCAAUAUAUCCCCGAAAAUAUCAUCUGCUAAAGAACUGCUUCGAUAAUUCUGGUUCACGAUCUCUCUCUCAAUUUUUUUCUGAGAACUUUAUUGAGAAUAAUCGAUUUUUCUAUCUCACUCGUUUUCCUGAAAGUGUCGGAAACUUCAAAUUCAAAUGGAAAAGCUGGGAGGAAGAUUUAUUCUCGCAUAGAUCACUGGAAAAGGACAGAACUCACACGAUGCCCGCAAUUGGAGCGACUUUGGUUAUUUGCACCUAGGGACUUGGAAAAGAAGCUAUUAGGGGAAGAUUAUGGGGUUUUAGAGCGUUUUGAAAAGUUCGAAAUGUCGAAUGCGCUUUUUUCUGGAUGGAAAAACAUUCGGUACAGUUAAAAACUGAAGCGCGACUCACCAACGUGGUCACUAGAAGGUACCUAUCAGCUUUAAACAAUAAUUGAUUGUCUUCUGCAUUGUGUGGAUAUGGAAGAAGUGUGGGGAAAGCGUGACUAUAACAAGUUAGUUCCAAAUUUACGUAUUUUCGCAUUUUUAUAGUAUUUUUGGCAUUUUAAAAUUAUUUUUGAGAUGCUUCGUUUUAUUAAUAUUUUUAUGAGGGUUUUGAAAAGUUUUUGAGAAAUAAUUUUCACUUCAAAUCUCUUCUAACUGUUCGCUAAUUGAAACCUUACAAGAACUAUGUUUCAAAAAUUUAUGAAAUUUUUUUGAAAAAUACUCCGAUAAUUUGAAGAUCUUUGACUCAGCCCUUCAGAGCUUCUUUCUUUUUUUGCUUCUGAAAUUUCAAGUCUUUUAUGACUUGAAUUCAUAAAAGGAAGCAAAACUGACAGCUAUUUGAAUCGAUCGACGCUGUUGUUUCGGGGACAUCUUCAUGCGUUGCUCUUUCGAGAAUAUUCGAUUAGGCCAAUAAUGGAGCAAAGUUGACGCUCGUCCCUCGUUCGCACGACAAUGGUCAAACAAUCGUGAAAUAUUCAUAGAAAUGCUCUCGAGGAUCAUUUUGAUGCGGAUGCACUUGUCCUGAAAUAGUUUCGACGGGGGUCGGCAUUCAGUUUCGAAAUUAUAAUUGAACUUGAAAUGUUUUUCCAAAUAUUUUUUUAUUUUCAUUUUUUUCUUUCAAAUCUUCAAAAAUAUUGUAGAAUGAAAUAUAAUGAUAACUCUAGCCAUUGUUGAGUUAAAAAAACCUUUUUGAAGAAAUAGCCUUUCAAAAACAAUUUUUUUGCAAUCUUCAGUUCCUGCAAAAGUUUCUUAAUGAAGCUUUUUUUUCAAUCACAAUUUAAUUGAUGCCAAAAACAACAACAAAUUCCUGGCGAUUGCCCGCGUUCUCCUUCCAUUGUGCCCAUAAAAAUGUUACUUUUUCGGAGGGUAAGAAAACCCUGCGGCGGUAAUAAAGCGGUUUGUUGCUCGACGCGGUAAUCCCCGGCUCUUUUUUUUCGCUUUUUGGUGGGAAAAUCGGACGGAAGAAAAAGAGCGACGGAAUGAAGCGUUCGCUGGGGAUGUCGAUGCAAAAGGCAGAUAGAGUUCGUGACGAUUGAUGGGCUGACACGUAUGUACAUCGCGAGUUGGGCACGAGUCAGGAAAGAACAAUUUCCGGAAACUUGGAUGUUCGGGGGGAAAGAAAGCAUUGAGCUCUAUUUCGCUCCAGAAAAAUUGAAAAAAGCUAGGGUUACUAAUUUUUUGGGUUUGGGGGAAGUUUAGCACUAAAAAUUAUCAAAAAGUCAUACUUUGGUCUUUUCAAUAGUUCUCCUUGAAAGGGGAAAGUUUUCAUUUGUAUAUUUAAUAAAAACCUUCUAAAAAGGAACUUGAGAAUAUUCAUCAGAAACUUGUUAAACAAGCUCCGCCUUUCAAUUGUUUUAGUAAAAUUAUAAAGCUUUAAAUUCAAAAUCAAUCAAUUCAGUAAAGGAAAAAAUCUUUAUGAUAACUGAAUUUUGACGAAUCUGUUUAUUAUGUUCUUAGUAAAACUCAAAAAUGUGGGAGCCAUACUCAAAUAAUAAUCGAAUAUAUAAAUCACUCACUUUCCAGGUCGAAAGAGAAAUCGCGAUCAUGAAGCUAAUCGAACAUCCUCACGUCCUCCAUCUGUAUGACGUCUACGAGAAUAAGAAAUAUCUGUAAGUUUGACGAAAAAAUUUCCCUUUAAAAGAAUCUUUUCAGAUAUUUGCUUCUGGAACAUGUUAGUGGCGGAGAAUUGUUCGAUUAUUUGGUACGAAAAAGGAAGGUUAAUGUCAAAAGAAGCGCGGAAAUUCUUCCGACAGAUUAUUUCUGCUUUGGAUUUUUUUGUCACGCUCACAAUAUUUGGUAAGCUCUGCAAUUUUUUUAAAAACAUUCAAAAAUAAGGUAGAAAAAAAUUUUUGUUUCGAGGAACCGAAGCAGUUAAAUUAUUCAACUAGAAAGAAAUACUGUACCAGAAAUUUUGACUCUUUGCUUUUUUUAAAAAAUUGUGAAAAAAAGUUCUUUCAUUUUUUUCUUGAAUUAGUGGUUAUUCAUUUAGGGUCCGUAAUGAAAAGGACGCUUGAAACAGUAACCUUCACUAAUCAAAAAAAGUUUCAUGACAAUAAAGUAGACUUUUAUUAUGAAAUGAUUAGAAAAGUACCUAAAACGGCAAAUUUUGCUUAUUUUGCAGCCACCGAGACCUGAAGCCUGAGAACUUACUACUCGAUGAAAGAAAUAACAUCAAAGUCGCGGAUUUUGGAAUGGCUUCGUUACAAGUUGAAGGCUCAAUGUUAGAAACGAGUUGCGGAUCUCCCCACUACGCAUGUCCCGAAGUUAUCAGAGUGAGUUUUUUUCACUAAAUUUUUUUCAUUGUGACUUAAAAAAAGAAAAAAAAUUACCUUCAGGGAGAAAAAUAUGACGGUCGAAAAGCGGAUGUUUGGAGCUGUGGAGUCAUUCUCUACGCCUUGCUUGUUGUGAGUUUUACUCUGGGAUUCCAAAUUUAGAUUAAAUUCAUUACAGGGCGCCUUACCUUUUGAUGACGACAACUUGCGGAAUCUACUAGAAAAGGUGAAAAGAGGAGUAUUUCAUAUCCCUCAUUUCGUCCCGGCUGACGUCCAAAGUUUACUUCGCGCCAUGAUUGAAGUUGAUCCUUCGAAAAGAUAUUCUGUAAGUUAAUUUUUGAAGAAACAUAAGCGAUGAGAAAAUUGAACGGAAUACAGAAUAGGCUGAAAAUAAUGAGAUGAAGUUUGAACUGAAAUUUGUGGAUUUUUGAAAGAUCAAAGCGAAGUUCUUAUAUUAAAAAGCUUCGGUCAACUUUAGAUGACAUUUUGCCUGAUUCGUGCGUCUUUAAAUAAUUACAAAAUUUGGUGAAACUAUAAUUUUUUCAAGACCGUCUAUAAGUUGAAUUGAACCAUAUUAAAAUGAAAUUCAUAACUUCCAAAAUGACGAUUUUAUCAUUUAAUGCUUGAUCAAAGAAAAAAGAAAGAGUAGUAGGAUUGACAAAUAAGAACCGCAUUGACCCAGGUGAGAAAUAGGCGAGAAUCGUCUCACUUAUGUCACACUUGAGUCAACUUAUUGACCCUUGAAAGUGUCUUGAAGAUCCUUUGAUUACUUUUCCCGCGCGUCCCUAAAUACCUUCUAAAGGUUUAAUUUCCCCUAACUAUUGUGGCAAUCAACUUUUCGAUUAUCAACUACGAAAAAGCCUUUUUAAAUUAUGUUUUUCAAGACGCGUUUAAUUUAAAACCAGACCUAAACGGUUUCAUUUGGUUUUCAAGCGUUUUUGAAUAUUUAAGGUUUUAAUUCAGUUUGUUCAGAAGAGAUAAAUGUAUUUUUUCGUCACUAACCAUUUUUACUUCGACGUUAGGACUUGAUCAAUAAAUAAUUUUAAUAUUUACAGCUUACCGAUGUCUUCAAACAUCCUUGGGUCUCUGGUGCAUCAAAAACGGAUCCCGAACUGGAACUUCCUAUGUCUCAAGUUGUUCAGGUAAUUUCCUGAUUAUGAGAUUAUUUUCAUAUUACUCAAAAAAUUUAGACACACGUGAUUCCUGGAGAAGACAGCAUCGAUCCGGACGUUUUACGGCAUAUGAACAGUUUAGGAUGUUUCAAGGACAAGCAAAAAUUGAUAACUGAGCUACUUUCACCGAGGUGAGGACUUUUUUUUAGUCCAUUUACCACUGGCCUUGAUAAAAACUAAUAGAAACUCCGUGAACCUGUUUUUUUGCUAUUUUUUUAAAUUUUUACAAUAUAAAAAAACUGUUGAAGUAUUAUUUUAAGCGAACGGUAAAGGAACUGUAAAUGACAUUGGAUAACUAAGCUUAUUUUCUAAUUGAAAAAAACUGAUAUCAAAAAGUCCUUUUUUUAUAAUUCGGAACGUUAAGGCACGGCACUUUCAUAUUUAAUUCAAAACGACGAUUUUUGGCACUUUUUUAUGAACACGAUAAAAGUGAAUAAAAACUAGUUUAUUUUUGAUAAAAAUAAUUUUUCCAAAAAAAUGGCUUAGAAAUUUUUUUCCCUUGAACAAUGCUACAUAGUUCUACAGACAUGAGAUCCGUGCGAUAGUUUGAAAAAUUUGCUCAGAAAGGCUAAUUUUAUGAAAAAAACAAUACAUAAAGAAAAAUGAACCAUGAAGAUUUAUUACUAGGAAUUUCAUUAAAAAAAGCAGAAAAAUCGAUUUUUAUCAAUGCAUCUAUCUGUAAAUUAUGUUCCAUGAAACUCUCUAAAAAUGUUUUAAAAAAACUUACAAAAAAAGGUUGAACUCACCUUGUGGAAUUUAACAAUCAUUUUUUUAAAGAUAACCUCGAGAAAAAAACCUUUUUUUAGGCACAACACUGAGAAGAUGGUUUAUUUCUUGCUGUUGGAUCGGAAAAGAAGGCGUCCGGCUCAAGAAGACGACACGGAAAUUGUCUUGAGAGGCGCCGCUCAGAACAACGAUCCACCGAAGAAAAGAACUGACUCGGCGAGAGCAAAUCGAUACGCCGUUGGAAGUAUUGCAGACGGCAGCCCUAUCAAUCCGAGGAAAACUUACGGGUCAGCGCAAACUUUUUUUGCUUCUCUCCUUCCUGAAAAAUCUAAAGACUUUUCAAUGUAGUUUCGUAAGCGUUUCUGAACAUGAAACUUUUUUUUUUGAUUUACUAUGACUGAUAACGCUCUAAAAUUAUGUUCGAUAGUAAAUUCAGCGCUUAAUCCAGCUGAAUCUCGCGAUUUCAGGCAGUUAGCGAAGUUGUAAAACAAAAAAAAAACUCCAAGCGUAAUUUUGCGACCACUGAUGGCCAAAAAAAAGUUCCUUAUAAUUUUUCAGCAUUCAUUAAUUUUCAAACGAUUUUAAAUAAAAUAAGUACAGCAGAAAAUCCGGUCGUCAUUCAAGUCUUGGCGGCUCUCCCACAGAAUCUCCCAGAAGUUCGACUAGAGACAUUUUCGGCGCGGCCAACAACAGUGGCUCUUAUUCAGCUCGUGGAACUGAAGAUCGUGCCAGGUCUUCUUCAAGGUGAUUUCCUGCUUUUUUGAUCGGAAAAUGCAAAGAUAUACCUUUAGAGCAACUAACAGCUAUCAUUACUACACCCAACCGGUCGAUCCGCAGACCUUAGCAGAAGCGGCUCGACACGUCCGAGAAGCUCGGGAACAAGAAAGACGGGAAAAUAGAGAUGGCAGAGAAUCCAGAAGUCGGAAAGACAGCAAAGAUGCCAAGGACCACUCUAGGGUUUCCAUUGAAACAACUAAAACUACGUCGGCGUCUUCUGAAACGGUAAAAUGACCAAUAAACUUUAUUUUACUCGUAAUUUUAAGACGAAGUACGCCACGCCUUCAAACAUGUCAGAAUCCGUUGUCAUUGGGUCGGGAAUGGGUUCCACAACUUCUUCCACAAAUAGCCUUAUUGCUGGUUGGUGAAUUUACAUUUUUAAAUGACUUUUUUUGCUUCUGAAUAAUGUCAAAAAAAUAUUUUUUUGGUGAAAAACUUUUGGUUCAUAUCCUUAAAAAAACGUUUUUUUCUGGAAUUUUCCUUAGUUUACCUGUUUACUUUAUAUUGGUUUUUCAGGUCUUUUCGAAAAUUCAGUUUUUUCCUUUUGUUGGGGGAGAUUGAAAUUUGUUCAGAACUACGUAAAAAGCGAGUUUAAAAAUUUCAAACGAGAAACGGAUUGAAAGAAAAAUCGAAAAAAUACGUGUAUUUGCUCUUUGAAACAGAAAUCUCACCUCAUGCACGAUUUAUUUCAAAUUAUACUUUUUUUUUUUAAGGUACAAGUCAAACAAGCUUGGGAUCAACCAGCGGCCCCUGGAGGUCAAAACUCACCAACAUCAAGAACUCAUUUCUCGGGACUCCAAGGUUUCAUCGGAGAAAAAUGUCGAAUGGAACGGCGGAAAGCGACGGGGAAGAGAGUCAGAUGAUCGACACGACAGAGUACGUUUUAAUGAUUUAUUUUCUGUUUUUGUUCAUGAAAGCUCCUCAAAAUCUCAUCUCAGUGUAAUUCCAAGUCACGUUUGACCAAAAUUCGACUUUGCAACAGUGAAUUUCAUCAAUUGCUCAAAAUAACCUGUCUUCAGAAUUAUCAAAAAGUAAAUACGAAAAAAAUUGAAAUCAUUUCUUGUCGUUUUGAACAUACUUGAGCAAAAAAAUGAAUCAAAAAAGAUUUUCUUUAUGGCAACUUUUAGGAGAAAAGUUUUCAGUAGAAAAAAACUAUACAAUUUUUCAGUCUCGUCAAAAAAUCGUGGUUCGGCUCUCUGGCAUCAAGUAUCAGCGUAGAGCGGGAUGAUACUCAUUGCGUUCCUGUUCAAGGGAAAACUUUGAAUGGCAUCAAAGCAGAGUUGAUACGAGCCUUCUUGACGGUGAGCUUCGAGUAAAACAGAUUUUUUUUUCUGUUGAAAAAUGAUUUAUGGGCUUGGGUUAGCGAAUUUUCUUUAUACUUGAAAAAAUGAUGCUACAAAGCGCAAGUAGUCUGUGGUCGGGUGCACAUAGAUCGUUCACUUUUUGAAUAAUUCCGCUGGUCAAAGGAAACUACAGAAAAAAUAUUACAGAAGUUUUCGCACCUCGUUAAUAUUACUCUACCAUCCUUUAAAAAAACCAUAUUUUCCUAGCCUCGAGCCAUUUUUAUUGCGACCAUUGCUUCUUAAAAACAAAACUCAAUGAUCAUAAGUAACUCAUUAAAAUUACAGAUACAUGAAUUGAGUCAUUCUGUGGUGGGGCAAAACUCCUUCCGUGUUGAGUACAAGAGAGGUCCGACAGUUGGCGGAAGUGUAUUCAGCCGAGGCGUCAAGAUGAACGUGAGAUUACUGUUUCAAAAGCCCUUCACAAAAAUUUUUUAAAGGUAGACAUAAUUGCAUCUCCGCACCAGGUCGUUUUGGCUGGAGAAACGCCCACUUAUGUUGUACAAUUCACUUUAUUAGCCGGUAAAAAAACUUUAUUCUCGAAAAUCUUUUCAAUUUUUCUUUCCAGGACCGGUGAGAAGAUUCAAACGACUAGUCGAGCAUCUUUCUGCAAUUCUACAGAAUUCCACACAACAGAGGUAAUUCCAUUUCCUAUAAAUAAAAGUAUAUUUGUGUCUUUUCAGAGCAGAAAGAGCUCAACAAGCCGCCUUGAUGGUUCGACCGAGAAGAUUAUCCGAUUCUAGUGUUAGUAGUGCUUGUUCGGAUUCGGAGAGCAACGCUAGUAGUAUCAACAUUUUUUCGAGGCAAACCGUGAGUUUUUCAAAAAUUUUAAAAGUUUCGCGUAAAAAUAGUAGUAGAUAGAAUAGAAAAUUAUUAAAUAAAUUAUCAAUUUGUUUUUUUUAUCGAUUCACAAAGCUGUAGUUAUUCUAUAGAAUUCGCAGAAAGCUGUUGCAAAUUGAAUGAAAAAAAAAAGUUAUCGUCGCCAGACAAAACGUCUAAAAGAACAGCUAGCUGGCUCGAGAAAUAGAACUUUCAAAAGCUGUGAUUUAGUGAAUUUGAUCUUAAAAUGCAGAAAAUCACAAAAAACUAUUUUCAGGACAAAUCAGAAGCUCCAUCAUCAACAAAAGACCCUUAUAGCCAAUCUCCUUCAAUGCGUUCCGUAGGAAGUACUGCCUCAGCUGGUAAGGAACAAUUUUCUGUUCGCUUUUUUUCUUUUUCUGUUUCCAUCACUUUUCUCAUUUCAAUGCUGCACAAUCUUUAUUUUUUCCCCGUAAAAAUCUUUCGCAACUAUACAAUUCAGGCCAAACGACGUAGCAUCAAAGCAGGUACAGUGUUAUGAGCUUUUGCACGCUUGGUUUAGAAGCCUUAAUUGAUUUCACCUUUUGCGAUUUUGCAAUUGCCUUCUAGAUUUGAUUUUGAACCUGCUUUGCUCGUUUUUUUCUCGCUUGCCUACAGUGCUACUUUUUGACAAGAAAUGACGUUAUUAGAGAACGUUUUUGUCGUGUUUUGUUAUAAUCUUCACAUGAGUGAAUGUGCGAGAUUUGCUAUUACUGAUUGAUUUUUCAAUCGCGAUAUUAAAGUUGAAGAAAUUUUUUCGCAGUUUAGUGAAGCCAAAAUUAGCCUUGUAGCUUCACAACUGAAAGAUUUAUGAAUUCUGAAUAUUUUUUUAGCAAAAAAAUUAAGGUGAUGAAAGCAAUAAAUUAAUUCACAUACAUGCAGAAAUGGAUCACUUUUUUUGAUUCAACUUAUUAUGAUCACCAUCAAGUUUUUCGAAAUAUGGAUAUUCCAUCAAUUUCAAUUUGCAUUCUAGUAUUUUUUUUUCAUCAUUCCGAAGGGUUAAUAAUUGGCUUCAAAAUGGUUUCGAAGAUAAUAAAGUUUCUACUUUUGCAUUUCUUCGCACACUCGUAGCUAGAAACCACCCUUUUACAGCGUUUUAUUGCUGAUCCGAGAGAAAAAAUUUUGAUGAAAAUGCCGUGUUGGUGAGUGAACACGAUAGAAGUCCCGUGGCCUGUGAGGAGGAUUGCAGUGAUUGAAAUCGUUUUUGCAGUGCCAAAAAAUGCCUACAAGUCUCCCGCGCCACAGCGCCGCAACACUACGGCGCUGAUCGAGAGAGCCGCCGCCGCCAAUCGUUUCAUUUCUACCGGUCCCCCCGCCUACGUCAACGACUUUUCCUUCCGCCACGAAGUUGCUCAACGGCAAACAAGGUUGGAAAUUUGAAUUUGUCUUUUUUUCUUCGUUUUUUUUUUGACAGAAAAAAUGAAUUCUUUGAAGUCAAGAAAGGGGUUUUGUUUGAUUUUGUUAGAAAACGUUCUAAAAAACGCAAAAAAGGUUUCCGAACGAGAAUUCGGCGAAAUUUUGCUUAGAGGUAUUUCGAAGUACCUCCUUUCCAACAAAAACUUCAAAAAAGUCUGUUUCAUCUUUUUCAGAACAGUUACGACGCUUCGAAAAAAACAUUAAAAACUUUCUUUAAAAAAAGGCUGAUUCUAAACUUUGACACUUCAUAAAUAACCUAAAACCCGAAACUGAAAUUUAACAUUUUUGAAGCCUCUUAGACUUAUUCUCAUCGAAUUUCCAAAAAAUUUCAUACACUAAUUUUCUCGUCAACUCACCUUAAAUAAGUGUUUUACUUAAAAAAAAUCAACCCUUAAUAGUCUAAAACAUGUGCAUUUCAAAAAAAAUUCAGCCAAACCAGAAAAAAAAGUCAAAUUUCAGUGGCCCAGGACCUGCAAAAAACCAUCACAGCCCCGGUUCUCAACGAAAUUUCGCUUUCACCGUUCUCAACAAAUCGGAUAAAGUAUAG